AUGGGUCACCAGCGGACACUUUGCAACACAGUUCACCCCGAGAGAAACUACCUGCAUAAUAGCGUUGAGCUAGAAUGGGACCGAGUCACGGAUAUUCAGGAACUGGAAAAUACAACAAUUUGCCUGUUGUAUUCCAGCGGCACGACGGGACCAGCCAAAGGAGUAAUGCUGUCUCACAUGAAUCUUGUCUCCGAAGCUCUGUUCACUCAGUUGGUCCUGCGGGACUCUAGGCGAGGAAAACCACAUUUGAAUGUUCCUUAUCGUACAGUCGGUCAUCUCCCAACGGCCCAUAUUGCGGGAUGUUUGGGAUAUUUCAUCACACCCGCGGUUGCUGGAGGGACGGUAUAUUGGAUGCCCAAAUUCAACAUCGAUGGAUUCAUCGACUACUGCAAGAAGUACCAAGUAACUUUCUUGGCAACUGCACCUCCGGUAUACCAUGCAAUUGUGCGAAGUAACCGCGUGACUGAUCAAUUCAAAACGCUUGUCCGGGCAGAAUCGGGUGCAGCCCCUCUGAGCCUUGAGCUCCAGGAGCAAGCGGAAAGGAAGCUGGAAUGCAGUAUCAGUCAGCGCUGGGGAAUGACGGAGUCAACUGGCAGCGUGACAACGAUGCCUUGGGGCGAGUCCGAUAAUACUGGGAGUAUCAGCCCACUGUUACCCAACACAAGAUUACGACUUGUGGACGAAGAGAUGAGAGACGUUGGGCUUGGAGAGGAGGGCGAAAUUCUGCUAAAGGGUCCGAUGAUCACGAAAGGGUAUUUCGAAAAUCCGGAGGCAACGGCAGAUGCAUUCACGCCGGAUGGCUGGUAUAAAACCGGGGAUAUUGGCGGCUAUAAAGACGGGAAAGUCAUCAUGGUUGAUCGAAAAAAGGAGCUUAUCAAGUACAAGGGGCUGCAGGUUUCUCCUGUCGAAGUGGAAGGGCUUCUCCUCACGCAUGGAAGCGUUGCAGACGUUGCCGUUAUCGGUGCACCUGAUCCAGACGCGCCAGGCAAUGAGCUGCCUCGAGCAUACGUUGUGCUCAAGGCCGGCAAGCGGGUAUCCGAGGCCGAGUUGAAGGAGUACGUCAAGUCCAACAUCGCACGCCAUAAGCAACUCCGGGGCGGAGUUAUAUUUAUCGACGAGAUACCCAAGAGCGCAUCAGGCAAAAUUCUUCGGAGAAUCCUGAGAGACCAAGCACGAAGCUCAAUGGCACGACAAGCCAAGCUAUAG